UCACCUUUUCUCGUUAUCACAAUAACCCGGAAAAUAAUAUGUGCGAUUUGUGCUGGUGUUAUUAUUGUUUAUAAACCGAUAUUGAAAUUAUUUUCUUUCGUUCUUCAACAUUGUUGGUAUAUAAAGUUUCUUAUCAUGGCGGGGACAGCGCUGAAACGACUCAUGGCGGAAUAUAAACAAUUGACAUUGAAUCCACCAGAGGGGAUUGUGGCAGGCCCUGUCAGUGAAGAGAAUUUCUUUGAAUGGGAGGCUUUGAUCAUGGGCCCGGAAGAUACCUGUUUUGAAGGAGGUGUUUUUCCAACAAUCCUGAGUUUUCCUUCGGACUACCCUCUGAGCCCUCCGAAGAUGAGGUUUACCUGUGAAAUGUUCCACCCGAACAUCUACCCAGACGGUCGAGUGUGUAUCUCCAUUCUUCAUGCCCCAGGCGAUGACCCGAUGGGAUAUGAGAGCAGUGCUGAGAGAUGGAGUCCCGUUCAGAGUGUUGAGAAGAUCCUUCUGUCAGUCGUCAGCAUGUUGGCUGAGCCAAACGAUGAGAGUGGUGCCAACGUGGACGCGUCAAAGAUGUGGCGUGAAGAAAGAGACCAGUUUUUCAAAAUAGCUGAACAGAUUGUAAAGAAAUCCCUGGGACUUUAAUACUGCCUCUGGCAUCUUAACCUCAUAAUGGACCUCUCCUUUUCUGUGUAAAGAGAAGAGUUUGGAGACUCGAAAUACAUAGCUGAGAACAGACUCUCUUUUUCACACUCUAGCAAUAUCACACCACUAUUUCUUUUAAGUCUAGGAACUUUGCUCUGGUUACUACCAAUACAGGGUGAGAGUACAUGCACACAGUGUUAAUCCUCUGUAGAAUCAGGAAUCAUUAGUUAAUAAAACUUUUUUAUUUUUUUCUUACUGGCUAUUUCUUUUAACAGAUAUAUGGAUACCAAGAUUCCAAAGUUAAUCACCCCUAUUGUGAUAACUGUUGAGAUAUAUAUUUGUCUUAAUUUUAGGUCAGUUACUGUGUGGGUAUCCAUAUUGUGUUGUUUUCUCUACUGAAGACUCCAAUUUUUGUAGUGAAGGCACACACAGCAUAAUUGGAGCCUGGAUGUGACAAACUGCAUCUGCAGUGGAAAUGGUAUUUUAUCAUGUAAAACAAGUACAUGUAGCCCAUUUUGUAGUACAAAACCCCUCUUAGUAUUGCCUACAGUAUAUCUGACUGAAAUUGCCUAUGUUUCUAUUACAGUGAGCUGUGUGUAAGUUUAAUGACGCAAUGGUGGAUCCUUACUGUAAAAAUUAUAUAUAGUCCUCAAACUACUGUUGUAUAAAGCAUUACAGGAUAAGAGACUAAUGAGGUUUUUGUUUUAUAUACAUAUAUAACUUUCAAUUUAGAAAGUGUUUCUGUUAAUUGUGAAGUGCAAUCAGCCUUUUUGUUUAUUUACAUAAAGGGUAUUGUUUUUUAUUUUUUUUUUGGGGGGGGGGGGGUUGCAUCAGACUAAAAGAACGACCUUCCAGAUAGUUAAAAAUGAUUUGUUUAAAUAGAAUAAUACUAAAUAUAUUGUAGUUUUACUUUACAACAUAAGUAUAUCUUUCCGGAUUUCUGAAAGUUUUGGGGAUAAAAUUGAAUAAGAACUAAGUUUAUCUCCUUGAUCCAGUUAUUACUAUUGUAUGACACUGCUAACAGGAGACCAUAGCCCAAAUAACGUGUGGCAGUCCAUAUUUGAGGUCAGCUUUGUAUUACCACAAAAAUUGUGUGUUUGUGUGGUGUGGAACCUUUGAUAUUAAUGUUAUGACCAAAGUAAUGGUUGCUGUUAAUUCUAAUUUCUAUUGAAGAUUUGUGUGCUUGUCUGGCUCUUAACUGGUCUUUGGAGUGGCAGCCAAAAUGUUGAAUCUUACAUCUGUAGCUGGGGUGGAACAGCAAAUUUAUUUCUGAGAUGAUUUUAUGAAUAUCCUUUUGGAGGUCAUUGGUUUCUUCCCUUGUUGGGGUUAUCUCAGUGUUUACUUCAGUGUAAAUUUCAAACUAUUGUGGCUGGCCUCCUGGUUUGGGGGUUGAUAGACUGUAUUCUGGAAGCAAAAGUUUAGGGCAACUAGUAACUAGUGUGAGAGAAGAUGGGCACUGCCAGCAGAUACUGUAUGCCAAAAGAAAUAAACGUCGCAUUAAUUGCAGUUUUGCUUUGCUUUAGAGAACAACACUGAACCCAAACCCAAUGGCAGUGCCCUGCAUACAUGCAUGUCUUAUUAGUAUGAUUUGGAUUAUUUAGUUUUAUUUAGAAUUACAAAAUAUACUUUUCAUAUUUCUCUGG